GACAACAACUGAUAAUAGUUUUUAGAAUAUGUUGACAGAUGAUUUUUUACAAUUACAUUUUCACUAUAGCUUUAAUUUUUACGUUUUUACAUAAAACUGCGACUGAUACGAACAGAGAAUUAGUUUAUUCCGAAUGCGGACUUACAGCACCGUCUCCAGCCUCUAUUGGAUUAGUGUUUUUCAUGAAAAUUAACAACACCUCGGACAAAAAUGACUACGAUGUUGAAAUAAUUCCAGAUGAAUGUUGUCUUGAAGAAGAUGAGAUUGAUUGUGAUACUUUACAAAUAAUUGGCGGAUGUAGAGAUAGCAUAGCGAAAGGUGAAACUAAGACUGUCAAAGUAAUUGCACCCCUCUUAAAUCAAUAUGAAAGAAAAGGAUAUUGUGCUGUUUUUGUUGAUUCUAAAUCAAAUAACGGCCACAAUAAGAGAGACACAAUAAAAAUCAACUUUGAUACUACAUUUAGUAGGAAUAAAUUUGAUUCUUUGGAUAGUUAUAAGUAUUGUGAACAUAAAGAUGAAGAUCCAUUCAAUGAUUGCAAACCAGUGCAAUGUGAUGCUUUUUAUAAUGGUAAGAAACCAUAUUUUAGCAGAAAAGUUAAAAGAUGUGUUGCAGUACCGCCUUGUGUUAAGGAUGAUGACUAUGACUAUCCUAGUGUUAUUUACAACCCACAAACAAAUCGGUGCCUUGUGGAAUCAAUAGGAAAUGAAGACUUGGAAUAUAUUAAAACAUCAAGGAAAGAUAAUAGCAAAAAAAGAAAACCAAAGGACGUUUUGAUUAUAGACAAGUUUCAUCCAAACACCACAUCAAUCAUUCAUAAAGAUAUUUUGAUUGAUGAUAUAGGAAAAACUACAACAUGCAAACCAGGGCAAACAAAGUUUGUAAAUAAAGACGAGGUGAAUUGUUUCAAAUUAUUUCUGAAAAAAUAUUUUGUAGACAACAAAUUUACUUUGCUGAUCCUUGUGUUAGUCAUUAUAGUGCAGUGUAUUUUAAUUUUUACAAUGUUUUAUUGUUUGUCAAAUACCUGUUGUUGUUGUCAAGAAAAGAAAGUCAUUCGCAAGUUUUUUAACUACAGGCAAGAUGCGUCUGUUACGACUCCAUUGAUUAAUACAAGUAAUAUAGAAACUGAGACAACAGAAUAUCAAUAUGUAUCUGAAUCUUCUAAUAAAGCAGAUCAGAAAGUUAAAUGUUACAAAGCGUGUCAAAAAGAAAAAAAUAAUAACGUAAAAAAAAGUAUGUCCGAUGACAUACUAUCUAAACUUUUAAAUAGGCGAGAUUGGAAAAACUUUCAACCGCAGGCUAGUCCUGAAACUGAAAAUAAGAUUGAAGAGAUACUGAAAAUUACACCCAUAAACAACCAACUGAAUAAUCUUCCCAAGGCUGAUAAACAUAGCGAGACAAAAGUAGUUUUCGAAGAUGAAAAAACAAACAAUACACUUUACAAAAAGCAAUCGAAGUUGGUAAAUGUAGUGGAUCACGACGAAACUUUGAAUGAUUUGAAGGAUAGUCAAGAAAUUGAAGCUUUAUCUUCAGAAAAGGAAAUAAAAUCCCUCAGUUAUGAUCAUUUCAAUGCAGGAGUCACUGGGUAUAGUGCUAACUUAGCGAUGACUAAGGAUGUCUUUAAAGAUGGAAAAUCUAAAAAAGGAACUAGGUGUAACUCAAUUGAAAAAGGUGCUCAAGCAUAUUUUUCAAACGACUCUAUAGAUGAUUUCCUAUCAGAACGAGGAGUGAUUUACUUGGCGGGUGAAAAUAUGUCAAAAUAUACGUUUUCGAGUGGUUCUAAUGAUAUGAAACAAUCACUCACGUCUUCGGGUACGAGCAAAACUUCUAAAAAUUUUGUUAAAAACAUCUUGUCCUUGUUACACAAAAAAUCUAAACAGAGCCCUUCUUCAGACCCAGGUCGAAACAAGGACAUUGAUCUGGAACUUAUCCACAUGUCAAGAGCUUCGGUUUAUUCUUCUACCAAUGAUUCAGAUUGUUUGAAAAAUUUAAAAAAAGAUUCGAGAACUUCUUUUUAAUUUGUACCUAAGGUUUUUAUUUUAUAGAUUGUAUUAUUUGUUAGGCGAAAUAAAUUGACAACUUUAAUGUUCA